AUGAACUCGAACAUAUUGAGUGUCUUCCUCGCGACUAACGAGGACGUCAUUCGAACGACCCUCCAGCAUGGUCAGUCUUUCCUGGACGUCCUGAGCGGAAUCCAGGCGGUCGUGGACGCGGUCGGGGACCUGCGGAACGCGCAGAUAGAGGUGUGGAGUUAUCGUGCGGGUGGGUGGGUCGCCAGCACGGUGGAAAUGGCGGGUGUCGCGAGACCCAAUUUCUGGGUGCAUGUGGUGCGUUUCCCGGGCGCAGAGCUCGUGCCGUCCAUUGGGUCUGAGUUGGGGUGGGUGUACGAUGUGGCCGGACUUAAAACCAUACCCGACGUCGUCGUCGAGCAAGACUGCCGUGGGGAUGUGAACGAGGGCAAGGCUAUCCGUGUCGUUCUGUGGCCCAAGGGAUCGGAGGGUCCUCUCGUUUUCGUCGUCACGGCCGGCAGCAACGACACCGUUUGCCUGGGUCAAUGCGGCCCCUUCCGCGCCGCCAUCUGCGAAGGCGCCGACGCUGACGUCGAGUCCAUCAUUGGUGCUCUCAGUGCGGAUGCCGAGAUGGAAGUCUGGAACCAUCCGUUCGGACGGUGGCUCUCGCGCUCCCUGUGGACAACGCUCCCGGUGCGUCGCCACGGACAGACCAUCCUCGUCAAGACGUCCUCAACGGCCCUCGUUGUGGGGUUGGGCGCGGAACUGGAGGCGCAGGACUCGUCUCGCGCGUACCUCGAGGAGCUGGAAGACGACGGCUCUGGGGACGUCAAUGCCGACAACGCGGCCGUUGGAUGGGGCCUUCCGCCUGCACAGGUUGCCCUCGGGCCGCUCGAGUGGGGUGCCCCUGAGGUUGGGGAUUGGCAGGACGUGUUAGACCGCGAGGCGACCAUCAGCCUGUCCUCCGGCGACGAGUCGGACGCGACCGUCGUGAUCGCCGACGGAGAUUGGCGCAUACCGGCCGGAGGGGCUACUGUCGUGCGCAAGCGGAAGCGCACCGCCAGCAUGAAACGACGCAUCGCCAAGAGACGUGAGCAGGUGCUGAGCAUGCAGGCGGGCCUCCGCGUAUUCGUCGAGCAACAAGGCAGCAAGGAGGUCAUCAAUAUGACGCUCGGCGAAACGAUUGAGGACGCGAUCGACGUCGACAGGGCCUAA